AUGACAUCAUCUCUUCUUCGUUUCAUUGUCUUCACCAGCAGCUUCCAGCCGGUCUGGGCCGCCGCCCUCCCUCCCCUUCUCCCUCUUCUCUCCCGUGGCGACGACGACACCCUCCUCGCCAACAAACCCUCGGUAAUCCCCCCUUUCCCGGAAGCUACUCAAAAUCAAGAUCUUCUCCGCGACCUACAUGCUGUCGAUGUCGGAUACGAGUUCUGGGAUUCGGACUGGCUGCCGAGUGCUUGCGUGUUUGAAGCGAAUGAGCUCGGGUUUAAUGUGACGGAUUUUCAGGCUGCGGAAGUAUGGUAUGACGAUUGUGCUGCUUCGUGGACGUUUUGUCGGCAUAAGGAAGCGGUGCAGUCUUGGGAUGAGUUGUUAGAGCUCCUAAGCCGCAUUCCAGUCGGCCUCCGCCAGUAUAUUUCCAACUUUAUCCUCCUCCCCCCCUAUACCAACUCUCUCUCAACCAAGCCCCCUAUGUUGUCAGCCUACACACGCGCCUCCACAAUUGUCUCCUCCCACACUCAUCUUAACCUCGGCGUCCUGCUCCACGAAAUCGCCCACAUCCUCGACACCCAUUGCCCUACCCUACAAGCCCGUGUCAUCCGCUCCGGCCUACCACCAGGAAAAACCCCGUUUAGCUCGACUCCCAUUUGGCAACGAAUCGUCACCAGGGAUGUGGCGCUCCCGACACCGUACGCGAGAGUCUCCUGGCAGGAGAGCUUUGCGGAUGCCGUCCGCUGGGGUUAUUACAGCGUGGCCCAGAAAUCAGUCCGUUCUCAGCAGGAUGCCGAAAGGUAA